AUGCGUUACACUCUCCUUCUCGCCGCUCUCGCCGCUGGCUGCGUCAAUGCCGUUGAAAAGGAUGUCUAUGUGACCGACUGGACCACCGUCACGGUGACCACGACAGUCACCGCUCCCGCGGUCACUGAGACUGUGCAGCCGCCGCAAGUGCAGAUCCAACAGGCUCAGCCCACCUCUGCUGCACCCGCUGUGCAAAGUGUCGUGGCCUCCGAGCCGGCCCCGGCCGUGCAGGAGAUCGUCACCUCGAGUGCCCCUGCUCCGGCGCCGGCUCCCGUGGAGACUCAGGCGGCCCAGGAACCGGCACCCGCUCCGGUGCAGGAGCCAGCCGUUGUCACCACCGAGGCACCUGUCCCCGUGGAGACGGUGGCCGCCAUGUCCACCUCGUGGUCCUCUGCCUGGACCUCCACCUUGUCCGUCGCUCCCGCCAGUGCCCCUACUGAGGCUCCCUCGACCGCCGGUGCCCCCGCGGGCAACUCGUACCAGUCCGCGGUUCUGUACAACCACAACAUCCACCGCAGCAACCACUCCGCCUCCUCCGUGGACUGGUCCGCCGACCUCGAGGCCAGCGCCAAGGUUCUGGCCUCCCGUUGUGUCUACGAGCACGAUGUUUCCAUCCCCGGUGGUAGCAUUGGCGCUGGUGACUACGGUCAAAACAUUGGUUACGGUGUCGAGGCCGGUGACAUUGGUGUCAUGAUCACCAACCUGAUGUACAAUGACGAGAUCAACUACUUCCCCACCCCCUAUGGCUCCGCGGAUCCCGACAUGGGCAUGUUCGACAAGUGGGGUCACUUCUCUCAGAUCGUCUGGAAGGAAACCACCCACGUGGGCUGCGCGACGGUGACUUGCCCCAGCCUGGGCAACGUGGACUCCAGCAUGGCUCUGCCCUUCACGGUCUGCAAUUACUACCCGCCUGGCAAUGUGCAGUCCCAGUACGGUGACAAUGUGCUGGCUCCCCUCCGACAACAGACCUACGUGGCCUAG